AUGGCUCUGUGUUGCUUAAGUGUGUGUAGUCUUUAUGUUACGUUAAAGGAUGUCGACUGUCUUGACAAUGCCAUACCUCGAUCUCUGAUGUCGUUUGUGCGCACGCUGAUUGCCUCCAUCGAAAUUGUCGCGGUGAUAAUCUGGUCGACACCGAUUUCAGCAGCUGCUCUUGGACCUCUGUUUGCCAUUUAUUUUCUGUUUUUGCGGUUCUACGUGAGCACUUCACGGCAACUGAAACGCCUUGAAUCAGCGUCAAGGUCCCCCAUCUAUUCCCAUUUUCAAGAAUCCAUACAAGGUGCAGCUUCAAUUCGAGCCUAUAGACUGGUCGAUGAAUUCGUCAAAGAAUCAGAACGAAGAGUGGACGAGAACCUCGCUACAUACUAUCCGAGCAUUGUGGCGAAUCGAUGGCUGGCUGUGCGUCUCGAACUUGUUGGUAAUCUCAUUGUUAUGUUUUCGGCGCUUUUCGCAGUGCUCUUCAGAGAUUCUCCUGGGCUCACUGCUGGUCUCGUCGGACUUUCUGUAUCAUACGCGCUUAAUAUUACGCAAACGCUCAACUGGGCUGUGCGAAUGACCAGUGAGCUGGAGACGAACAUCGUUGCGGUAGAACGUAUCAAAGAGUACAGCGACUCUCCAAUUGAAGGAGCUCAUUCUAAGCAGAAGCCAGUCGGCUCGUGGCCACAACAAGGAAGAAUCGACAUCAGGAAUAUCUUUUUGAGGUAUCGCGCUGGUUUAGAACCAGUGCUCAAGGAUGUCUCCGCAAGUAUAGAGCCGAAGGAAAAGGUCGGAAUCGUUGGACGUACUGGAGCAGGAAAAAGCUCUCUCACGCUUGCCCUUUUCCGGACCGUUGAGAUAGACAGCGGAAGUAUUGAGAUUGACGGCGAGAACAUAUCAAAGUUCUCUCUAGAGGAACUGAGAUCCCGAUUAACAAUCGUACCACAAGAUCCAGUACUGUUCUCAGGAACUUUGCGGUUCAACUUGGACCCAUUUGAUGCGUACUGUAAGAGGUUUUCUGGCGAUCUAAUAUCCUGUGUUUCAGCUGAUGAAGAAAUUUGGAACGCUCUUCGAAAUGCUCAUUUGGAGCCUUUCGUCUCGUCGCUUGCCGAGAAACUUCAGCAUCAAAUCUCAGAAGGAGGCGAGAAUCUGAGGCGAUUGUUGUGCCUGGCCCGAGCACUAUUACGUCGUCCGAAAAUCCUGAUUUUGGAUGAAGCGGCAGCAGCCGUCGAUGCUGAAACCGAUUCCCUUCUUCAGAGGACUAUUCGUGAGCAGUUCGCUGAUUGUACAGUAUUGACUAUCGCUCAUCGAUUACAUACGGUGAUGGACUGUGACAGACUUCUUGUCCUGUCGGCUGGAUGUGUUGUCGAAUUCGACUCGCCGAAAGCACUUCUUGCUAACCCCGAAGGCGUUUUCUAUGGAAUGGCCAAAGAUGCUGGCAUUGUAUGA